AAAUGGAGGGACUAAAAUAUUCAUAUUUGUCAAUGAAAAAUUAAGCCAAGGAAGAAAAAGAAAAAUGUGCGAUCGCAGAUAAGAGAGAGAAAGAGCGCCGUGUGGUUCUACAAAACUGUUUGAUUCAUAAGUUCAGGGAUUCUCGUGCAGAUUGAAAAUCUCGCCGGCGAAUCUUUCUUUUGAUAUCACCGGGGAGUUGACUGGUGGUUUUGAUCGGAAAAAGCUGGAGAUUCUCUGUCGGAGGUGAACAGAAGUAAGAAAUAUAAGGAUGGUGAAUUCAAUGGUGGAAAGAGCAACGAGCGAUAUGCUCAUAGGUCCUGAUUGGGCUAUGAAUCUCGAGAUCUGCGAUAUUUGCAAUCACGAUCCCGCGCAAGCCAAAGAUGUCGUGAAGGGAAUAAAAAGACGUCUUGGUAGUAAGAAUCCCAAAGUCCAACUUCUUGCUCUGACACUGUUGGAAACAAUUGUCAAGAAUUGUGGGGAUAUUGUCCAUAUGCAUGUUGCUGAGAAAGAUCUCCUUCAUGAGAUGGUGAAAAUUGUAAAAAAGAAGCAACCUGACUUGCAUGUCAAGGAAAAAGUACUAAUUUUGAUAGACACGUGGCAAGAAGCAUUUGGAGGACCAAGGGCAAGAUAUCCACAAUUUUAUGGUGCAUACCAGGAGUUGCUUCGCAUUGGAGCUGUAUUCCCUCAGAGAGCUGAGAAAGCAGCCCCCGUGUUCACACCCCCCCAAACACAUCCGCUGACUUCAUACCCACAGAAUCUGCGGAAUCCUGAAUCCGGUCAGGAAGCAGCUGAGUCUUCUGCAGAGGCUGAAUAUCCAGCCUUGAGCUUGACAGAGAUCCAGAAUGCACGUGGUAUCAUGGAUGUCCUUGCUGAAAUGUUGAGUGCAUUAGAUCCUGAAAACAAAGAGGGGCUGAAACAAGAGGUGAUUGUUGAUUUGGUGGAACAAUGUCGUACCUACAAACAAAGAGUAGUACACCUUGUAAACUCGACUACGGAUGAAUCACUGCUCUGCCAAGGGCUGGCGCUGAAUGAUGAGUUGCAGCGUGUAUUGGCCAAGCAUGAAUCUAUUGCUUCCGGAACUUCUGUUCAAGUGGAAAAACCAAAAUCUGAACCACCUCAACCUCUUGUAAAUGUUGAUGCUCCGCUUAUUGAUACCGGAGACCGCAAACAAUCAGACCAAGGAUCUACAUCAAAUGCUAGCCUAGGGACACAGUUGCUUCUUCCUGCUCCUCCAGCUAACAUUCCAUCAACAACAACAAAAGUUGACCCGAAAAUUGAUCUUCUGAGUGGAGAUGACUUCAGCUCACCUACAACUGAGAAUGUCCUGGCCCUUGUUCCUGUUGGUGGAGAACCUCAGCCUGCAAGUCCUGUUUCACAUCAGAAUGCCCUUGCUCUUGUUGACAUGUUUUCAUCACCCAGCAACUCACAAUCUCCAUAUUCAGCAGGGCAGACCCAUGCUUCAUCCCCUCAAUUUCGACAACAGAGUUUCACUUCUACCCAGUCAGCUUUGUACCCAAAUGGAAGUGUCCCCGGAACUACAUAUACACAAGGCUCUAACACGGCCUGGAACGAACAGAUAUCACAGCAACAGCAGCAGUCACCUUCUCCAGUUUAUGGUGGUCAAAGCAGUUCUUUUCCACCACCUCCAUGGGAAGCUGAGGCAGCAGAGAACAGCCAAACAGUGGGGAAUCCUCAUGCUCAAUCGAUGCAAAAUAAUCAGUUGUUGCCAGGUAGUCCACAUGCCCUACCAAUGCACAACAAUCAGUUAAUGUCUGGUAGUCCAAAUGCUUUAUCAAUGCAAAAUACCCAGCUGAUGGCAGCUAACAACCAGCAAUUGGCUGGUGGUUCACAUGUCCAUGGUAUGUAUGCACAACCGAUCACUGGUGGACAACCUGCAAUGAUGAACCAGGCUAUGCAAAACAAUCAGAUGGUAGGCUUCCUUCCUCAACCAAUCCAAGGUGGACAAUCAAUAGGUAUGUUUCCACAACAAGUGCCACCUGGGCACAUGGCUUAUAUGUAUGCCCAACAACAAAUGUAUGGCAACCAGAUGGCUGGUUAUGGCUAUGGCUAUGCCCAACCACAGAACACACAAUUUCUUAAUCAGAGAAUGUCUGGGCUCUCCGUGAGGGAUGAUGGUGUCCUAAAUAAUUCGUCCUAUCCAGUUUCAACUCCUUCGUACAUACCAUCUGGAAAGCCCUCAAAGCCAGAGGAUAAACUAUUUGGAGAUCUUGUUGACAUUUCAAAGUUCAAAUCACCCAAAACAACUCCUGGCAGAGCUGGGAGCAUGUGACAGUGACUGGUUUCUGCACCUUCCUUUUUUUCUUCAAUAUUAUUCUACAUCUAUUUAGUAAUCAAGCUUGUGUUUGUUCUGAUUUUUCCCUCAACGCUUAACUUUCACACAUUGUUCCUUUUAGUCCAUAUGCAUUUAAUGGUUCUUUGUGAGUUUGUGUACAUUUCUUGUAGAGAGUAAAACCCCAAGAUCACAAAGAAAGUUGAGGAGCUUCCUUUUUUGCCAGCUUGAAUAUGUAUAGAAUGUCUUCAUUUGUG